CAAUAUUGGAAAACAGUUGGCCCACAAAGGCGCUGGUCGCAUGUGAAGCAACCUUGAAAGCAUCCGUAGACCGUGUCUGGUACCAGCCGCCCCAGUUGGCCGUUCCCGCACCCCACGUCACUGGUACCUUGCGCCUCAGGCAAUGGCCAAAGUGGCAUUUCGAGCUCCAGGUUGCCAGCGUCUAGAUCCCGCCAAAGCACAAUAGCUGGGCCUGCGACAGCUUCGCGACACGCUUUGAUCGAUCGAACCCCCCAUUACUGCGAGCCCGACUGUUCCAACUCGACGUGUGCACGAAUCGCCUCCCCUAGCCAUUCGCAUUGGUACUCCGUUUGCGCUCUCCGCCCCAUGGACAGCCCCUAAUCGCGCGACAUUGGCCAACCUACCCUGCCGUGCGACUCGACUACGAAGCUCCAGGGUGAAUCACGAACGACGGCACAGAGCCCGACACUACCGCUGAACCACGCGCACCAUUGCCGCGCCGACCCCUGAGAAUGGCUUCGAGCGGCAAUUCUCUCAGAGACCGCCAGGUCGCCUCUCUGAAGCGCAUACUCAACCUCAACGAGACCGUCGACAAUCAGGACAACGAACCCCACGCCAAUGGGCUCGCCCCAGCAGGCUCCAUCCUGACACCAGAGGGCCAGCCGAUAUGGAAAGUUCUCGUCUUCGAUGAGCUUGGCCGCGAUGUCAUCAGCAGUGUCCUUCGUGUCAGUGACCUCAGGUCCAUGGGCGUGACCAUGCACAUGGGCCUCGCGCAGCGCCGUCACCCGAUCCCCGACGUCCCAGUCAUCUACCUCCUCGAGCCAACGAAGAAGAACCUCGAUGCGAUUGCAACCGAUCUUGCCGCUGGCCUCUACUCUCCGGCGUACAUAAACUUCCUCUCUACGAUACCUCGCCCGCUGCUGGAAGACUUCAGCAAUGCUGUUGUCGCUGCCGACACGCACGAGCACAUUUCUCAAGUCUUCGACCAGUACCUCAACUUCAUUGUUGCCGAGCCGGACCUCUUCUCGCUGGGUAUGCAGAAAGAGCACACGUACUGGGCCUUGAACAGCGCAAAGACCAAGGACGAAGAGCUCGACCAUGUCGUUGAUCGUAUCGUUAGCGGCCUCUUCAGUGUCAUUGCCACGAUGGCCGUUGUGCCAAUCAUCCGGUGUCCCAAGGGUGCUGCUGCAGAGAUGAUUGCCGCAAAGCUCGACCGGAAACUCCGCGACCAUAUCCUCAACAAUAAGGGCAACGACAAUUUGUUCUCGUCGAGCAAUCGGCCGUCAUCAUCAGCGGCAGCACCAGCCUCAAGACCUGUGCUGAUCAUCCUUGACCGGAAUGUUGACUUGAACCCCAUGCUGUCACAUUCGUGGACGUAUCAGUCUUUGGUCCACGAUGUUCUGAACAUGAAGUUGAACCGUAUCACGAUCGAGACGCCCAUAGACGAGGAGAAUCCGGCCAAGGGCUCGACGAAGAAGGGUUAUGACCUUACGGCGACCGACUUCUUCUGGGAAAAGAAUGCAGGCGUGCCGUUCCCUCAGGUGGCUGAGGACAUCGACGCAGAGUUGACAAGAUACAAGGAGGACGCUGCCGACAUCACAAAGAAAACGGGUGCAUCCUCGAUUGAAGAUCUGCAGAUGGACACGAGCGCUAGCGCACAACACCUGAAGGCUGCCAUCACACUACUUCCCGAGCUUCGCGAGCGGAAAGCUGUGCUUGACAUGCACAUGAACAUCCUCGCGGCGCUGUUGACUGGUAUCAAGAACCGCCAGUUGGACAACUACUUCCAGCUCGAGGAGAACGUCAUGAAGCAGACCAAGGCUCAGAUCCUUGAGGUCAUUCAGGACGACACCAAAGGCUCAGAUUCGUUGGACAAGCUUCGGUUAUUCAUCAUUUGGUUCCUCAGCACAGAGCAGGAAGUCAGCCGGGCAGACUGGACACAGUUUGAGGAGGCGCUCACAGCACGUGGGGUGGACUGUACAUCACUGCCCUACGUCCGACAAGUCCGAGCAACCACCAAGAUGACACAGCUGACCACAAUCAACAACCCAUCAUCCCACUCGGCAGCACAGUCUAGCGACCUGUUCGGCCGGUUCUCUUCCUUGUCCACCCGCCUGACCGAUCGCCUUAAGGACACAGGCGUCGGCGUUCCCGGCAACCUCGCAUCUAAUUUCGACUCGCUGAUUGGUGGCAUAAAGAACUUCCUUCCCGCCAAUCGCGACCUGACAGUCACCAAAAUCGUCGAGUCUAUCAUGGACCCACAGACAGCUUCGUCAUCCGCGAUCGCAAAGACCGAGAACUACCUCUACUUCGACCCUCGUAGCGCGAACGCUCGAGGAACGAUGCCUCCGGCAAGCCAGAUGCGCGCGGGCAACACCGGCGCCGGCGGCAUGCCCGGCGGCCUCGGAGCCCCGGCCCCAGGUACUGGCGCCAGCUUUGGGCAGAGGAGGCAAGGCUACUCAGACGCCGUUGUCUUCACCGUCGGCGGCGGCAGCAUGGACGAGUACGGCAAUUUGCAGGAGUGGGUUCACCGCACAGGUGAAGGCAAGGCCAGCAAGAAGCGCGUCGUGUACGGAAGCACGGAGCUUCUCAACGCGCGCGAGUUCAUCACCGAGGAACUGGAGAGGCUCGGCCGCGAGACCGGAAGCUAGAGUGGGUGUGUUUGAUUAUGGGGGAUUGUACAGGGUCAAUGGGAGCGCCACAUUACACAGCAUAAUAAUCACAUUGCAAGAGCAUAUGAGAAUCUGCGCGUAC